AUGUACCCAAAAGGCCCUUCCGUCAUGUUUUACAACAUGUUCCUCGACGAAAACGUGCGCUCCAGCCUCUCCGAGUACGACGCGCUCUCCACCGUCGAGUGGGACGUGCUCGUCGCCAGCGACAACUCCUUCGAGGAGCUCUACCACGCCGCGCUCCGCGUGAACGAGGAGUUCUGGGUGAAAGGAAGCAAACUCGAGGGCACCUCGUUCCACUCGAGCGCUGAGGCGUCGGAGAUGUGGCAGGUGCUAGGCCACAUCAACGGCAACGCCAUCUACAACAACGACGACCCCGCGUUCGUCGAGUACGUGGAGUACACCCGGGCCCGCUGGGGAUACGAGCACCCGUACGACGUGGCGCUGUGGAUGACUAUCUCGGACUUCCCCUACAGCUGGCCUCUCUACCAGCGAUACUCGAGCAAGUUCAUCGUGACCAACCUGGUGGGGGACGGCAAUGUCGCCUCCAAAGCGGCCGCCGCGAGCACCGCCACCGCCACCGCCGACGUCGCCAAACAAACCCGUGGCCGAAAGCUUUCGGGUAAUACACCGAAGUGGAAGACACAGGAGAAGUGGAGGACCAGCAAGGACGACAGCCUCCCCAAGUGUAAACGCAACCAAAAGCGGCAUACGAGCAAGGACGACAAGGUCCCCAAGUGGAAGACCAACCAGAAGUGGAAGAACAAGUUCUCGGACGGAGCGUGCUCGUCCAGCUGCGAGUACACUAGCAGGGAUGGGACCAGGGGACGCGUGUGUGACGCGAACUGCUCGACCCCCGACGUGUACGGUACCCGCGAGUGCAACGCCAAGCAGGGGACCUACGGAGAGGAACGCCGCGCUUGCUUCAACGACGUCGACAAGGCCCGCAAGCAAGACACGCCUGAGAACCGUGCGAUCAUGUGCUCGUCCAGCUGCGAGUACACUAGCAGGGAUGGGACCAGGGGACGCGUGUGUGACGCGAACUGCUCGACCCCCGACGUGUACGGUACCCGCGAGUGCAACGCCAAGCAGGGGACCUACGGAGAGGAACGCCGCGCUUGCUUCAACGACGUCGACAAGGCCCGCGAGCAGGACACUCCUGAGAACCGUGCGAUCAUGUGCUCGACCAAGAGGCCUGUAGAAGGCUACGGCCGCCGCCUGACUCCCGACGACGAGAGCGACCCUCUCCGCAUCGCGCGUAGCCUCGAGACCUUGCAGGAGGACACUUCAUCCCCGUUGCAAGAACAGGAGCACCGUCAGCUGUCAGGGAGUACGCCAAAGCGGAGGUCACAGGAGAAGUGGAGGACCAGGAAGGACGACAGCAUCCCCAAGUGCGUAUUCCGAAGCGGUGGAAGUGCUAGCAGGUGGAAACGCAACCAGAAAUGGCAGACGAGCAAGGACGACAAGGCCCCCAAGUGGAAGACCAACCAGAGGUGGAAGAACAAGUUCUCGGACGGAGCGUGCUCGUCCAGCUGCGAGUACACCAGCAGGGAUGGGACCAGGGGACGCGUGUGCGACGCGAACUGCUCGACCCCCGACGUGUACGGUACCCGCGGAUGCAACGCCAAGCAGGGGACCUACGGAGAGGAACGCCGCGCUUGCUUCAACGACGUCGACAAGGCCCGCAAGCAAGACACGCCUGAGAACCGCGCGAUCAUGUGCUCGACCGUGAUGCCGGUGGACGUCUACGGCCGUCGCCUGACCCCCGACGACGGGAGCCGCCCUCUUCGCGAAGCGAAGAUAUUCAGCGUGGAGGAUAGCGAGGAGGAAGCAGACGGUGUCGAGGGAGAACUUGCAAACGUCGACGUCGACCGGGAGGACGUGAUCUCUUUCUUCGAGGAGGCAGCCAAACGACCGUACUCCCAGGACCUGAAGCGCCGCAACCUGUGCGCCUUCGUCAGCGGUCGGGUGGGCGAGGAGACCAUGUGGGAGGUGACGGUGAAGAUCAUCUUGCAGUUCAUGCCGGGCAUGAGGGUGGCCAUCGCGGCUGAGGCGGAGGGACUUGACACGUACGAGAGGUCCAUGGGCGGUCGCCCGGGCGUCACCGUUUCCGGCACCCAGAACCUCGCCACGGCGAGCCUGUUCGCAGACCAGUACUGCGGGGCUGGCGCCGCCCUUAUCCUGUACGUCAAGCCGGGGUCCGAUCUCUCCCGGUUCUUCACCUCCAAGGACACCCACUCCCCGCGGGGCGACCUCUUGGUCGUGCACACGGGCUUUCAGGGGAGCUACCACGACGCCCAGCUGAGGCGCCGCUCGGUGUCGGUACUCGGGUUCGAUGCGCCGUCCUUCACGGACGGUACCGACCUGAUGCUGCCCGUCGGUGCCAACGAAGACCUCCGGGAGUCGCUCGGGCUAAGGCAUGGUGCCAGCCUGCAGCACGACGGCGACGGGGCUUCAAUGGUCGCGCUUCAGGAAAUGGUCGAAUUUGACUAA